AUGGACCACCGUACCUUUUUACCAAGAACUCAUUCUUGGAGAGACGAUGUCAAAUCAUUUAACGGAGAAGAAGAACAUAGGACUGCACCAUCCAUGUUAAACGGGGUAGAAAUUCUUGAACUCUUAAAAGAUUUCAAUAAUGAAUUCGGGAAGAAGAAAAAGAAGAAAGUUGAUGGCCCGUGGAAGAAGAGCAUUAUUGGAACUCUUUUGGACAUCCUGGGGAAGACAAAAUAUCAUAUUAAAGCCCGUUAUGAUUUGCAAGAAAUGGGAAUUAGAGAAAGACUUCAUCCAAGGGAGAUUGGUGGAGGACGUUCAGAGUUUGCAAAAGCAUGUUUCUCAAUGACUCCGCACGAAAAGUCAAUUUUUUGUGGAGUUAUAAAGGCUGCCAAGUUACCUGAUGGGACUGCAUCAAAUAUUUCAAAAUGUGUACAAGUUGCUGACAAAAAAAUAUCUGGUUACAAGAGCCAUGAUGCGCAUUUCAUGUUACACUAUUUGUUGCAAAUUGCAGUAAGAAGCACAAUGCCCAAGGAGGUGGCAACCCCACUAAUUUGUCUUGGUUCCUUUUUCCGCUCUCUAUGUCAGAAAGUUAUACAAGUGGAAGAUUUAUAUUACCUAGAAGAUGAGAUUGCAGAGAUACUUUGUCAGUUGGAGAUGAUAUUUCCUCCAAGUUUCUUUGACAUAAUGGUUCACUUGCCUAUUCACCUGGUAAAUGAAGUUAGAUUGGGUGGUCCUGUUCAAUUUCGAUGGAUGUAUCCCACCGUAAGAUACUUGUGUAAACUUAAGAACUAUGUCCGCAAUAGAGCUUAUCCUGAAGGUUCUAUUGCCGAGGGGUAUCUGGCUGAAGAAGCUAUAACAUUUUUCUCAAGGUAUUUGCAUAGCAAUGUAGAUACAAGGUUGAAUAGGAAGAGUCGGAAUUAUGAUGUUACCGAUUCACUUGAAAUCGAUCCAGAUGAUUACUUUACAACUGUCUGUCGUCCUUUAGGGGGGGAAGGUGAACCCUUUCAUCUUGAUGUGAAAUCAAAGGAUGAUGCCCAACGAUACAUCUUAUUCAAUUGCAAUAAAGUUCAAAUUUACAUCAGUGAGCAUGAUCAGAGUGUUAAUUCAAACACUACCAAAAGGAAGUGGACCAAGGCCAAAAGUCAAAGUAAAGAAUUUGGUGAAUGGUUUAAAACUCGUGCCCAAAAAGAUGAUAUGCCAUUACAACUUGAAAAACUUUCUAGAGGUCCUAAUUUUGUUGCAAAGAGGUAUCCAGGUUACGUCAUUAAUGGAUAUAGGUUCCAUACUACAAAACGGGAUACAAAUCGCAAAACUCAAAAUUCUGGCUGUGAUUGGUUUGAGGUUGAAAAAGACAAAUACGGACUUACUUGUGUGCGUUUCAAUAAGAAAAUUUAUCAGAAUGAUCCGUUUGUGCUACCUUCUCAAGUUCAUCAAUGUUACUAUGUCCAAGACCCUUUUGAUCCAAACCGGCAUUAUGCUCUGCAAACAGUUCCACGAGAUUUCUUUAACAUUGCUGACCCGUCAAACUUACAAGCUAAAACACCUUCUAAUGGAGAAAAUAAUGAUGGUGAAUUAAAUUGGGUUAGGGAAGACAUACCUGCAACAAUAGCUAAAACACCUCAUGAAAUGAAUGAAGCUGAAAGUGAUGGAGAGGAUUUUGAUUAUGAUGAUACCCUAUUUGAUUUCAUGGACUAA